AUGACUAUUUCCAUUUUGGCUAUUGCUACUUCUGCCGUUGCUGCGCCGGUCACACAAGGUCCAGGAGGCGAUAUUAACGCCAACACUUUACCUCCCCUUGUAAGCGGUGGUGUGGCUGUGAGCCAAGGUCAGAUCCCUUCUUCAAUCAAUACUGCUGGCAACAUUGCCGGUGCUACCGCCCCGGGAGCAGUAGGCGGUGUCAAGCCCGGAUCAUCAUUGGAAGCUGGUGUAAUUGGAGGGCAAAGUAGUGCCAACUCACAAGAUUUACCUCCUUCGGUAUCCUCAAAAGGGGUCAUUGCAAGUGCUCCUUUCCCCACAGGGUCCCCUUCAGCCCGUACAUUCGCUGGAGCUCCUUGUUCCGUGCACACUAUCCAACCUUGA